GGCCACACAGGAGCCUGGCCGCCCACCCACGCAGCCCGAGCCCUCACCCGCCGGCCGGCCCCUCUGGGAUGUCCGAGGGACCUAGGCAUCCAGGACGGUGACCGAGCGAGCCCGAGGAUGGGACGGCGCCUGCAGCUGCGGCUCGUUAAGGCCCUUCUCCUCCUGGGGCUGCACUCCAUCUCCGCCUCCCUCCAGGACCAGCACUGCGAGAGCUUGUCCCUGGCCGCCAACAUCUCUGGACUGCAGUGCAACGCAUCCGUGGACCUCAUUGGCACCUGCUGGCCCCAGAGCCCUGCAGGGCAGCUGGUGGUUCGACCCUGCCCUGCCUAUUUCUACGGUGUCCGCUACAACACCACAAACAACGGCUACCGCAAGUGCCUGGCCAAUGGCACCUGGGCCGCCCGCGUGAACUACUCGGAAUGCCAGGAGAUACUUAGCGAGGAGAAGAAGAGCAAGGUACACUACCAUGUUGCCGUCAUCAUCAACUACCUGGGCCACUGCAUCUCCCUGGUAGCCCUCCUGGUGGCCUUUGUCCUCUUUCUGCGGCUCAGGAGCAUCCGGUGCCUGAGAAACAUCAUCCACUGGAACCUCAUCUCGGCCUUCAUCCUGCGGAAUGCCACGUGGUUCGUGGUCCAGCUCACCAUGAGUCCAGAAGUCCACCAGAGCAACGUGGGCUGGUGCAGGCUGGUGACAGCCGCCUACAACUACUUCCACGUGACCAACUUCUUCUGGAUGUUUGGCGAGGGCUGCUACCUGCACACGGCCAUCGUGCUGACGUACUCCACCGACCGGCUGCGCAAGUGGAUGUUUAUCUGCAUCGGCUGGGGUGUGCCUUUCCCCAUCAUCGUGGCCUGGGCCAUUGGGAAGCUGUACUACGACAAUGAGAAGUGCUGGUUUGGCAAAAGGCCUGGGGUGUACACUGACUACAUCUACCAGGGCCCCAUGAUCUUGGUCCUGCUGAUCAAUUUCAUCUUCCUUUUCAACAUUGUCCGCAUCCUCAUGACCAAACUCCGGGCAUCCACCACGUCUGAGACCAUUCAGUACAGGAAGGCUGUGAAGGCCACUCUGGUGCUGCUACCCCUCCUGGGCAUCACGUACAUGCUGUUCUUCGUGAACCCCGGGGAGGACGAAGUCUCCCGGGUCGUCUUCAUCUACUUCAACUCCCUCCUGGAAUCCUUCCAGGGUUUCUUCGUGUCUGUGUUCUACUGCUUCCUCAACAGCGAGGUCCGCUCUGCCAUCCGGAAGCGGCGGCACCGAUGGCAGGACAAGCACUCGAUCCGCGCCCGCGUGGCCCGCGCCGUGUCCAUCCCCACCUCCCCCACCCGCGUCAGCUUUCACAGCAUCAAACAGUCCACAGCACUCUGAGCUGGAGGGCCGUGGCGUGGCCCCCAA